UUGAGAUGAAAGGAAAGUGAAAGUUAGCUGGUGAUAAAAAGCCCUGAUGUGUCUGUUCAUGACACUGAAUAACAGACUGCUGAAGACAGUCACAGGCGAGAAAAGAGUGUAACAUUUCAGUAUUUUCUGCUCGGAAGGAGCGUCUCUCUCGACAUGGCCAGCAACGGGAAACAGUGGGUUCUCCUGGCAGCGGGUUCUAAAGGCUGGGAGAACUACAGACACCAGGCCGAUGUGUGCCACGCUUACCAGGUCGUGCACCAGAAUGGCAUUCCGGACGAACAGAUUGUGGUGAUGAUGUAUGAUGAUAUCGCUCAUAAUGAAGAAAAUCCGUUCCCUGGCAACAUAAUCAAUGUACCAAAAGGUCCAGAUGUGUACAAUGGUGUUCCAAAAGACUACACAGGAGAGCACGUAUCAGCUGAAAACUUUCUGGCUGUCCUGCGUGGAGAUUCACGGGCUAUCAGGAAACGAGGAAGGAAAAAAGUCAUCAAAAGUUGUGCAAAUGAUUCUAUCUUUAUCUACUUAUCAGACCAUGGAGGCCACGGAGUCUUUCAGUUUCCUAAUUCCACACUUUAUGCACAUGAGCUCAUCGACACAGUGAAAGAGAUGUGCAGGAACGGCAAAUUUUCAAAGAUGGUUAUUUACAUGGAAGCGUGCCACGCUGGAUCAAUGCUGGACGAGCUGCCGAAAUUAGGCAACGUGUAUGCCGUUGCAGCGAGUAAGCCAGAGGAGAGCUCGUAUGCUUGCUUCUUUGACAAGAAAAGGAACGCGUUUGUCGCUGAUGCUUUCACAGCUUACUGGCUGCACCACACCAAGAGAAAGAAGCUCAGGGUGAGCACUUUAGAGGACCAGUUUUAUUAUGUGAAAGAAAAAGUCAGAGAGACCGUGACAGAAUUGGGAGUGAGUCAGACACCCUGUCAUUACGGGAACAUGUUCAUGCUCCAGCUACCCCUGAGUGAAUUUCUGGGAAAGUCUCCUGACUCCGUUAGGAGGAAGUACAAAUCCCAGUCGCAGAACUUUGUCGUGACCAAUGUCGAAGAAAGCGCAAAUGUUCCGCUGUUAAUCCAACAAAACAGGAUUAGAAAAGAACGGAACCCCAGAAGAAGAGACGCUCUUGAAAGACAAUAUCAUGAGCUUAAGAGAAAGCAGAGUACAAUGGAUAAAGCCGUGCAGAAGAUUGCUCAGCGCUGCACUUACGAUGGAGGUGUACGAGCUCUGAGUGAAAAACACGAGGUGACUCGCCUGUACGAACUCAGAGUCGUGGCCGAGCAUUUUAGGACAACUGUCUUCAACUGGGAUGAAGAGGCGUUUGUUUUCACUCGUUCACACCUGCAGGUUUUAGUGAAUCUGUGUGAGUGUGGGUUGGAGGUUGACAGCAUCACUGCAGCCAUUGACUACGUCGGUCAGCGGAUUAAGUUCUGAAGAAAACACAAGCAACUCUACGGAGCGACAGCAGAUUUCAUUCUCCUUAAAUGCUUCAUUUUGAUUGUCUCAGCUUUUCACAUUCUUUUGGUUAUAAGAAGCAUGUAUUGAGAUAAGUGUAUCUUUUAACACCCUGAUGUUACAGUUCUAUAUAUUUUAUUCAUAAUUAGAUUAAAUACUUGGUUUAUGCUCCCUGCAAAAAACUGUGCUGAAAGUGAUGACAAUAUGUACCUAGAGGUACUUACAUUAUAGGUCACCAUCAUUUUCUUUCAAUUCUUUUUUAAAAUUUAUACAAGGGAGACUUUCUAAAAAUCUUUUUUCAAUAUGCUUAUAUUUUUAAAAAAUAGAAUUAGUCCUAGACGUAUAGUAUGAUGGUAGUAAAUCAUGUUUGUAUUUGUGAUUUUCUGCUGUAACCAUAACCACGUUCUGGAAUAA